AUGGUUGACAGAAAAAGAACUGCAGCAAUACGUGCCGAGGAUGAUGAUGAAGAAAAUGACAAUGUUCCUUUACAGAAAAAAGUGAAAAUAGAAGCAAAGCAGAAAGAAGAAGAGGAAGAUGGUGAUAAGUCAGGAGCCACGGAAACCAAAUCUGAGGUGAAACAAGAAUCAAAAGAAGAAACUACUCAAAAGGAAAAUAAUGAAGAGGACGAGGAAGAGGAAGAAGAGGAAGAUGACGAAGAAGCCGAAGAAGAGAAGAAAAGAAUAACCAAUUUCAAUUUUGAUGGCGAAAUUUACACAUUCAAGGAAAGACCUUCGGUAAUUGAAGAAAAAGAAGGCAAAAUAGAGUUUCGUGUGGUGAAUAAUGACAAUAGUCGAGAAAACUUGAUUGUGCUAACCGGGUUAAAGAAUAUUUUCCAAAAGCAACUACCCAAGAUGCCUCGUGAAUAUAUCUCGCGUUUGGUGUAUGAUCGAUCACAUUUGUCAAUGGCAGUUGUGAGAAAGCCAUUAACUGUGGUAGGUGGGAUCACAUACCGUCCAUUUAACAACCGUGGAUUUGCCGAAAUUGUGUUUUGUGCUAUCUCGUCAACUGAACAAGUGCGUGGGUAUGGUGCACAUUUGAUGAAUCAUUUGAAAGACUAUGUGAGGGCAACAUCUCCAAUCAAAUAUUUCUUGACGUAUGCAGAUAACUAUGCUAUUGGGUAUUUCAAAAAGCAGGGUUUCACGAAGGAAAUAUCAUUAGAUAAAUCGGUGUGGAUGGGGUACAUCAAGGAUUACGAAGGUGGUACAUUGAUGCAGUGCUCGAUGUUACCGUCAAUAUUAAGGUACCUUGAUCUGGGUAAAAUAUUACUUUUGCAAAAAGCUGCUAUUGAAAGAAAAAUACGGUCUAGAUCUAAAUCAAAAAUAGUGAGACCGGGUUUGCAAGUUUUUAAAACCAAUAAGAAUGUGACAUUAGACCCCAAAGAUAUCCCUGGAUUAGCAGAGGCAGGGUGGCUGGAAGAAAUGGAUAAAUUAGCACAAAAACCGAAAAGAGGACCACAUUAUAACUUUAUGGUUACGCUAUUCAGUGAAAUUCAGAACCACCCUUCUGCUUGGCCAUUUGCAGUGGCAGUCAACAAAGAAGAAGUACCAGAUUAUUAUCGAGUUAUUGAACAUCCAAUUGAUUUGGCAACAAUAGAACAAAAAUUGGAAAACAACUUGUAUUUAAAAUUUACUGAUUUUGUGGAUGAUCUAAAACUAAUGUUCAACAAUUGUCGAGCUUAUAAUUCGGAAACCACAACAUAUUAUAAAAACGCAAAUAAACUAGAAAAGUUUAUGAAUAAUAAAUUGAAAGACUGUAGUUUUGUAUAG